AUGUCCGACUACACCCCUCUCACCCUUCCACUCAACGACGGCCGCACCAUCCCGUGGCUGGCCUUCGGCACCGGCACCGCACUCCUCCGCAGAGACGCUGCCGUGGAGGUGCGCAACGCGAUCGAGCACGGCAUCGUGCACCUCGACGGCGCGCAGCUCUACGGAAACGAGGACUCGCUCGGGGCUGGGAUCGCCGCGGCGGGCAGGCCGCGCGCGGAGCUCUUCGUGACGACGAAGAUCGCGGACCUCUUGGAGGGGCAGACCGUGCGCGACACGCUCGUCGAGUCGUUGAAGAAGCUGCGCCUCGACUACGUCGACCUCUUCCUCCUGCACUCGCCCAUGCGUACGUUGAAGGGGAGGGUCAAGGAGGCGUGGUUGGAGCUCGAGGCGCUGCAGAAGGAGGGCCUCGCACGCAGCAUCGGGGUGUCCAACUUCCGCAUCCAGGACAUAGAGGAGGUCCUCGAAGUCGGGACCGUCGUGCCGGCGGUCAACCAGGCCAGCUCGCGUUUUAUUGAACCGUCUAUCGAGUACCACCCAUACGUAUUCAAGGCGAGCCAGCCGGUGCUCGAGUUCGGGAAGAAGCACGGCAUCCUCGCGACGUCGUACUGCGGCCUAGUCCCCCUCACGCGCCACACGGGCGGACCGGUCGACCCCGUGCUCGCCUCGAUUCGCGAGCGCCUGGCGAAAGAUACCGGGAAGGAGGUGACGACAGGCCAGGUGCUCGGGCUUUGGCUGCGAUACCAGGGUAUCCCCCAGAUCACGACGAGUUCGAAGCUGGAGCGUGUCAAGGAGUACAUCGCUACUGAAAGUCUGCCUGACCUCACGCUGGAGGAGGUGCAGCAGAUCAACGACGAGGGUUCCAAGAUCCACUUCCGCGCUGCGUGCAAAUGGAUCGACGACGAGUGAACUUCAACGUUCACGGUGGAAGAUAGUGUACGAUAAAAUCAUGGUUUAUAAGUGGUGUACAAG